AUGAAUGAAGAUGCUAAAGAACUACAACAUUUUGUUCAAAAAAGCUGUGAAACAUUAAAAAUAGAUUAGUUUAAAGGAAAAGAGACAGAAUGCUUAGUAUAAUGUGGUUAUGGAUUUGCGGCUUCAAUUCAUUACCAAGGGCAAUUCAUGAAGUAUUUAAUGGAGCAAACCGAAGGUGUAGGAUGA